UCCCGUAAUUGACGUCAUGCUUUCAUAAAAAAAAAACUUUCUGUCAAUUUAAUUAAAAAAAUAAACUAAUUAAUUAAAAAAAAGUAAAUAAACGUCAAUUGAAAAAAACAAAAUUAAAAAUUAAAAAAUUAAUCAAGUGUUUAAAUUGCGUUUGAUAUUUACAAGUGAGGUUAUGAUUUAAAAUAAAAAAUUCUUGAUAAAUGAAUAAAAAAACAUGAUUAUUAAAUUAGAGAAAAUAAUAAGCUGCUCGUCAGAGCAUCCAAAUUACCCAGCAUCAAAUCUCCUGCACAAUCCACCACCCGGACCAUGGAAGUGCGCAAAACCUGGGGAGAUGUUGGCGACUGUAAUUUUCCAGCUUCCAGAACCAACUUGCAUAAUUGGCCUUGAUGUUGGUAAUUAUCGUUCCUGUGUCGUAGUUAUCACUGCAUCAACUUCCGAUGAACCUGACAACUGGGUCCCUAUUGUCAACCACCAGUUCCUGACACACGACGAGGCUGCUAACAAUAAAUUCAAAGACCAGGUCCAGCUGUUUACUAAAAAAGAACUAAACUCUGAUACCAUGAAAAUAAAAUUUGAUCGAGUCAAGGUAACCUGCAUGCAAUCUGCUAAUUUGAAAGAAUUAUUUGGACUGUCAUUUAUCACUCUGCGAACUGAAGUUGAAGUUGAUAUGGGAAUUGACGUCUUUGGGAGAUUUAAAAUGAAGACUGAUGACAGUGAGAGCAAGUCUAAGUUGAGCUUCAGGGAACGAUACAUGAAAUUGUUUCCUGAUAAGCAGAAGAGUUAUAAGGAAGACUUGGUGGAGAAGAUCAAGGAAACUGGGGUAAGUAAUUUUAAUAAACGUCAAGAAAGUGAUGAUAAGAAGCCAAAGAAGAGGCCGCUGUUGGAGAAAUUGGAGGCUGGGAAAAGUGAUGAAGUUUUUGGUAAAAAGAAUGAUAGUUUUAGUUCUACUUCAAGUAAUAAUAAUAAUAAUAAUAAUAAUAAUAGUAAAAAUAAUAAUAAUAAUGAUAGUAGUAAUAAUAAAAAUGGAAGAUUGAGUGAUGUUGCCAGGACACCUUUUGGUGACAUCAUUCCAGCAGAGGUUAAAAAAACUCCUAAGCAAACAAAUGAUAAACAGAAGACCAAAAUAGACAAAGUGGAACCCAAAGCUUCGACGUCGAAACCUGAUGAGAGUAAAAAUAAAUUAAGUAUUAGGAAAAAUAGUAUUGAUGGUGAUGAUGAUGGCAAAUGUUCAGUAUGCGCUAAAAAUUCAAACGUACUGUGCAAGACUUGUAAAAAAUUACCGGCUCCGAAUCGCGACAAAUCUCCGCCACGUAAGAAACCCAAAGUCGCUGAAGUUUCCAAGGCGAGGAAAGAAUUUUCUAAGCUGCUAGACGACGUAACGUUUUCGUUGAGCGGGUACGUUAAUCCGCAACGGGAUGAAAUUCGUAGGAAAGCAUUGAAAAUGGGCGCCAAGUACGUGGCUGAUCCUAAUACGACGACCAAUAAAUGUACUCAUCUUAUUUGCGCUUUUAAAAAUACACCAAAGCAUCAGCAGCUUAAAGGACACGCUAAGAUUGUGUCCCAUAUUUUUAUUGAAGAGUGCUUUGAUCAUAAGAAAAGAUAUCCUUGGAGACGAUAUGCUUUGAGUAGCAGUGAAAGGAAAGCUGAUGAAAGUGAAGAAGAAAUCGAGGGAUCAACUUCUCCACCACCUCCACCGAAUCCUUAUGAACAGGAAACAGACUCUGAUUCUGACGGAGAUUACUAAGGACUUUUCAUAACUGGUUUAAAGUUUAAAUGUAUGAUACAGUUAGCCGACAAUUGUUUUUAGAUUUUUUUUCAAAACGACAAAUUAUGAAAAAAAAUAUUUGAAAAAAUUGCACUUGUAGUUUUUUAAAUUUUCUACAUGUGCAUAUUUUUGGUUUUUUUUUUCUUGUAAAUGAUUCGUUGAAAAAAAAGUUUGAAAAUUUUUAAUUGUCUGCUAACUUGUCAUUUAAAAAUAAUCAUGUAUUAUUUAUAA